CAUGGCGGCGCCCAUAGUGACUGGCCUGGUCUGGUUCGUGUAAGGCUCGGGCAACGAGGCAGAGGGUUGUUGCAAGCUUGAGCACAGGGUCUUCCCUCCUGAAGAAUGGCAUCAGUUCGUCAGAGGCUGAGUUUUUAUGUCUCUCCUCUGAACAGGCAGCUAAUUUGCGGGCCAUCUGUCAUCCAGUGGGAAAGAAGAAUAAUUCUAGGGUGUUCCAGAUGUAUUUACAGUGCCACAGGGAAGUGGCCGAAGGAGUACACAGAUCGAACAAGAAAGGAUGUUGAGAAGUGGUGGCAUCAACAGAUAAAGGAGCAGGCAUCUAGAAUUUCAGAAGAGGACAAAUUAAAACCAAAAUUCUAUGUGCUCUCCAUGUUCCCAUACCCUUCUGGCAAUCUACACAUGGGCCAUGUACGUGUCUACACCCUCAGUGACACCAUUGCACGGUUCCAGAAAAUGAGAGGCAUGCAGGUUAUCCAUCCCAUGGGGUGGGAUGCAUUUGGAUUGCCUGCCGAAAAUGCCGCCAUAGAGAGGAAUUUGCACCCAGAAAGCUGGACCCAAAGCAAUAUUAAACACAUGAGAAAACAGCUUGACAACCUUGGCCUGUGCUUCAGCUGGGACAGGGAAAUUACUACGUGUUUGCCAGAUUACUACAAAUGGACUCAAUACCUGUUCAUCAAACUCUAUGAAGCUGGAUUGGCUUAUCAAAAGGAGGCCUUGGUUAACUGGGAUCCAGUGGAUCAAACAGUGCUAGCCAAUGAGCAGGUGAAUGAAUAUGGCUGUUCAUGGCGUUCUGGAGCCAAGGUAGAGAAGAAGUACCUCCGACAGUGGUUCAUUAAGAUAACUGCAUAUGCAAAGGCCAUGCGGGACACACUGGCAGACCUCCCAGAGUGGUAUGGAAUAAAAGGCAUGCAGGCCCACUGGAUUGGGGACUGUGUAGGCUGCCACCUGGACUUCACACUAAAGGCUAAUGGACAAGACACAGGAGAAAAACUGACAGCAUACACAGCCACCCCUGAGGCCAUUUAUGGCAUUUCCCACGUGGCCAUCUCGCCUAGCCACAGGCUUCUGCAUGGCUGCAGCUCUCUGAAGAAAGCCUUACAGAAGGCAUUAGUCCCUGGCAGAGAUUGCCUCACGCCAGUGAUAGCUGUGAACAUGCUCACCCUGCAGGAGGUUCCCCUCGUCAUCACGGCUGAGUCUGACUUGGAAGGCUCUCUAGAUCCAAAAAUAGGAAUCCCCAGUACCAGCUCAGAGGACACCAGGCUAGCCCAAGCCCUGGGCCUGCCCUACUCUGAAGUCAUUGAAACUUCACCAGAUGGCACAGAGAGACUGAGUGGAUCUGCUGAGUUUACAGGUAUGACCCGGAAAGAUGCUUUUAUAGCCCUGACUCAGAAAGCCCGUGCGCUGAGAGUGGGUGGAGAUGUGACCAGUAACAAGCUGAAAGACUGGCUGAUCUCGCGGCAGCGCUACUGGGGCACACCGAUCCCUAUUGUCCACUGCCCAACCUGUGGCUCUGUGCCUGUGCCGCUGCAAGACUUGCCUGUGACUUUGCCCAACAUCACAUCUUUCACUGGCAAAGGAGGCUCCCCACUGGCCUCCGCUUUGGAGUGGGUGAACUGCCCCUGCCCAAGGUGCAAGGGAGCUGCCAAGAGAGAGACAGAUACCAUGGAUACCUUUGUGGACUCAGCAUGGUACUACCUCAGAUACACUGACCCUCACAAUACUCAUAGCCCUUUCAGCUCAGCACUGGCAGACUUCUGGAUGCCUGUGGAUCUGUACAUUGGAGGAAAAGAGCAUGCUGUCAUGCACUUGUUCUACGCAAGAUUCUUUAGUCAUUUUUGCCAUGAUCAAAAGAUGGUGAAGCACAGGGAACCUUUCCGUAAACUGCUGCCCCAAGGCCUUAUCAAGGGACAGACAUUCCGCCUUCCAUCUGGACAGUGUCUUCGGAGGGAGGAUGUAGACUUCACAGGCCCUGCUCCUGUUUGUGCAAAAACGAAAGAGAAGUUAGAGGUGACGUGGGAGAAGAUGAGCAAGUCCAAACACAAUGGAGUGGACCCUGAGGAGAUUGUGGCACAGUAUGGGAUUGACACAAUCCGGCUCUUCAUCUUCUUUGCAGCCUCUCCUGAGAAGGACAUCUUGUGGGAUGUAAAGACUCCUGCAUUCACUGGAGUGCUGAGGUGGCAACAAAGGCUGUGGUUACUGACAACACGAUUCAUCGAGGCAAGGACUUCUGGGUCGGCGCCCCAACCCCAGCUGCUGAAUAACCAGGAGAAAGCCAAGGCCCAAAGCCUCUGGGAGUACAAAAACUCAGUCAUAACUCAGGUGACUAGACAUUUCACAGAAGACUUUGCCCUGCACUCUGUGGUCACCAAGCUGAUAAGACUUAGCAACACCCUCUUGCAAGCUCCUCAGAGAGUAGUUCUUCACAGCCGGGAGUUUGAGGAUGCUCUCUGUGCCCUGCUGGUGAUGGCCGCCCCCCUGGCCCCUCAUAUAACCUCAGAACUCUGGGCAGGCUUGGCGCUGGUGCCAAGCAAGCUCUGUGACCAUUAUGCCUGGGAUGCUGGUGUGAUGCUUCAGGCCUGGCCCACUGCACACUCAGAGUCCCUCCAGGAGCCCGAUACGGUGCAGAUGGUUGUUCUGAUCAACAACAAGGCCUAUGGCAAGAUCUCUGUGCCCCAACAAGUUGCCCAGGACCAGGACAAAGUCCAUGAACUUGUUCUCCAGAGUGAGCUGGGCAUCAGGCUGCUGCAGGGGAGAAGCAUCAAGAAGGCCUUCCUCUCCCCGAGAACUGCUCUCAUCAACUUCCUGGUGCAGGAGUGACCAGGGCUUCAAGGACCCUCCUUCUCUUCCCAGAUCAAGGAAAGGAGUGCUCACUUAGAUGUCACCUCCUGUGUCCAAGCUGCUAUGACUUCACUGUUUGGAAGACAGCAAAAUCAUAGCAGGUGUGGACCUAGACCACUAGUAUAUCAGACAGAGCUGACUUUAUGUGGGUCAUUAGUAAAAUGCUCUUACAGACAUGGCCUGAGCGAGGGGCUAAUACUUAGUUGGAGGGUGGGGAAAAGAGAGUAAACAGCUCAGGAUGCUCGAGCUCUGUGUCUAGACUGUGAUGUCACCCAGGGGUGGCUGUCAUGUGUUCCUGCUAUUCCUGUCAGAAACAUAUAUCAUGUUGAGACAUAUCUGUGCUCUUGAAGAACCUUAUAUUCCCGUUCUAAGGGUUAAUUGGGAGCAGACCAAUGUCCUCCGCCAUCACUGGCCUGGCUGUGUGCCACCACCCUGGAAUACCUGUGGUUCGUCACCUUGAGUUCACACUUUAUUCAAACCAUGCUCAUCUAGGCCCACAAACAAGAGAGCCUCACACACGGGGUCUUAAGCUUGAGACUGUGCCUGGUCUUAAAUUUCAACUUAAUUGUAGCUAUCAUAAAGGAAUUUACAUUUUUUUUCCAGGUGAGGCUGCUGAGGGUAUAGCUCAGCAUGGCAAGGUCUUAGGUCCCAUCCCCAACACAAAAAGGCAAAGCAGCUCUACCAGAAAAACUGUAUGGUAGCACACACUUGUAAUCUCACAGUGUGAGAGGCUGAUGCAUAAGGAUCAUGAGUUUAAAGCCAUCUUGGCUACAUUUGACUCUGUCUCAUAGAAAAACUGCUAUUGAUCCAAAUGGAUAACAAAGUUUGAAAAACAUCGGAUUAAUAAAUGUUAUGAACCAUAA